UAAAUAGUCUCGUAUCUUCAGAUUCAAACAUAAACAACACUCAAAAGUUUCUUCUUCGCAUCGAUCAUACAAAAAAUGGAUUACAGAGACGCCGGUGAAACUCAGUCAAAGUACAAAGGAAUCCGUCGUCGGAAAUGGGGCAAAUGGGUAUCGGAGAUUCGAGUUCCGGGAACUCGUGAUCGUCUCUGGUUAGGUUCAUUCUCAACCGCCGAAGGCGCCGCCGUAGCACACGACGUUGCUUUCUUCUGUUUACACCAACCUGAUUCGUUAGAAUCUCUCAAUUUUCCUCAUUUGCUUAAUCCUUCAAUCGUUUCCAAAACUUCGCCGAGGUCUAUCCAGCAAGCUGCUUCUAAUGCCGGAAUGGCCAUCGACGCCGGGAUCGUUCACAGUAACGGUGGUUUUGUGUCGGGAAAUUCUGGGUGUGGUGAUACGACGACGUAUUGUGUGAAUGGAGCUGUGGAAAUGGAGCCGUUGAAUAUUUCAGUGUAUGAUUAUCUGGACGGUCACGAUCACGUUUGAUCUUGUUUUGAGUAAGAUUAGGUAGCACUAAAACAAGUGUUAGGUACCUAAUCUUACUCAAAACAAGAUUACGCACCACAAAACACAAUCAAAUGGUUGUGAAUAUACGUAUAAGGUUUUGAUUAAUGUUUUAGUGAAGUUUGGUCCAUUGUAUACGAAUCUAUUAAAGAGGCCUCGCGCGAGAUAAUGUUUCGUGAUUGAAGAUUGAGUUUAA